AUGGAUCUUAUCUUUCAGUAUGAAUCUGGUGAUGAACGAUCAUCAUCUGAUUCAGAGGAAGAAGAGAAAUCAUGUUCAAAAGUGGUAAAGAAAAUAAAGAUUGACAAAAUUGACAACAACAAAGUAGUGUCUACUGCUGAUGAGAUCCCAGAUUUACCAGAUGACUUAUUCCCCGAGAGUAUCAAAGAAGAGUUGGUAUUGGACAAUGGAAAGAAACGAUUGUUUGAACAUGUAGAUGGAAACUAUCCAACAUAUGUCUAUGUUAAGAUUCCUACUAGCGACGAUAUAAAUGCAAUGAUAGAAGAGGUUGGAUCAAUUGCAAAAGAACAUGAUGUAUUAGAGGUGGUAGACGAUUACCAUGUAUCGCUUUCAAGAGUAUUCACAAUGAGGGAACAUCAUAUAGAUACAUUUACAUCUGAAAUGACAACUAAACUAAAGAAUAUUAAAGAAUUUACUAUUAAUUUCGAAACUAUAUCUACAUUUGUAAACGAUGGUCAAUCUAGAUUGUUUUUCUCAGCCAAUGUUUGUAGGAAUGUAGAUAAAUUGAAUGAUACUAUCAAAAAGAUUGAUCAAGUUCUCAAACAAUUUAAAUUCCCUGUGUUCUAUGAGACACCUUUACCUCAUCUCUCUGUAAACUGGAAGGCAAUAGAACCAACAGAUCCUUUAGUGAUAAAUCCAAUUAAAGAUAUGCCCUUGAAACACUCAACAAAAUCAACAAUAGUAGAUACAAUCUAUUGGAAGAUAGGAAAGUAUGAAUUUUUUGUAAAUCUUAACAAACAAUGA